UUCAGAAACAAAAAAAAAAAUAUGAAUUUCUUACAUUAAAUAGAAGUUUCAAGAGAGUUUGGUUUGCAUUUAGAUAGAGAAAAAAAAAACAGGAGAAAGCAUUGAUGGAGAAGAGUGAUGGCCUACAAGUGAUUCUGUUUCCACUUCCAUUACAAGGCUGCAUCAACCCUAUGAUUCAGCUUGCAAAGAUCCUCCACUCAAGAAGUUUCUCCAUCACUAUGAUCCACACGCGCUUCAACGCUCCAAGAGCUUCAAGCCACCCUCUCUUCAAACUCCUACAAAUUCCAGAUGGCUUGUCUGACACGGAGACAAGAGCCCACGAUGUCAAUCUGAUGCUCACCGUUCUCAACGAAAGAUGCGAGUCUCCGUUCCGCGACUGUUUGACUAAGCUGUUGCAGUCUCCAGAUGCUGAAACAGAGGAAGAGAAACAGAGGAUUAGCUGUUUGAUCCAUGAUUCUGGAUGGAUUUUCACAGAACCUCUAGCCAAGAGUUUGAAUCUUCCGAGAUUUGUCCUUAACGCAACUAAGGUUUCCUUCUUUCGCGGUCAUUUUGCUCUUCCUCAGCUUCGUCGUGAGAGAUAUCUUCCGCUACAAGGUAUUGUAAAAUUUCAACAUAGACAUUCAGAACAAGAGGAUCCAGUUCAAGAGUUUCCGCCGCUUAGAAAGAAAGAUGUCUACCGGCUUCUUGAUGAAGAAUCGGAGGUACUAGAUGCGUACUUGAAUGGGAUUUACGACACAACAAAGUCAUCUUCAGUUCUAAGGCAUCGAGCCAUAGGAGGAUAUUUGACACACAAUGGUUGGAACUCGACGGUUGAGAGUAUUUGCGAAGGCAUCCCUAUGAUUUGUUUGCCUUUUAUAUGGGACCAGUUUCUAAAUGCAAGAUUUGUCUGUGACAUAUGGAGGGUCGGACUGCAUCUAGAGAAUCUGAUCGAGAGAAAUGAGAUCGAGAGUUCGAUAAGGAGUUUGUUUUUGGGAAAUGAAGGAGAAGCAAUCCGAGAGAGGAUGAGACUUCUUCAAGGGAAAGUUGGAAGAUCGGUUAAAGAAAACGGCUCGGCUUAUCAAUCUUUAGAGAGUUUGAUUGGUCAUAUAUCAUCAUUCUAG